AUGGCUCGACUGCCGCAAGACCCUGCCGUCCCUACAAGCAAACGUUACAACAAGCUCAAGUCCCUCUGCGAAGCACACGACUCUGAGGACGCAUGGGUGCGGGGCAUCGACGCCCAAGACACGUACAUUGGAUUUCUCAUCAUGUCCAUCUGGGCCCGGAAGAAUGGCACUGCACUCUACAUGGGGCUUUAUGAUUUCUCGUCGCUAUCUAGGAAUGGCGUUUGGGUCACGGGCGACACAACUGGCCAUCGAGCAUGUGAAGACGAAUCACCCACAGGCGAAGCUGGGGAGACUCGGGCGCUGGGGAGCUGA